CUACCCACUCUAUCUUCUCAUUAGUUAUUAGUGGCCACUCAUUCAUUGUGCUCCUUCACCGCCAAGAGGCCAAGAGAGAGGGCGGAAUCUACUCAAAUGACGAAUAAAGCAACGACGAUGACCAGGACUUUCUCCAUUGUGGCAGCGACCAGGAUGGCUAAAGGUGCAGCGUCAAUGACUAAUUCCUCUAGUGUCGUUGACCGAGUCCUGGAAGAUAGAGAUGACAAAGAUCUUGAAAAGUUAUGGGAAGAACCUUUUAAGCUCGUGUUCAUAUCGAAAUGUUGCAAUUCUACUGAGUUGCUUCCCAAAUUUUUUAGGAAAAAUUCAAAUCAUUACUCCCAAAAUUGCAUAGUUUUACAUAAAUACUCUGAGAUUUAAUAAAUGACACACAUGCUCCCAGAAUUUUCGUAUGUUUACAUCAAUACUCCAACAUUAAAAUAUGUUUGCAUCGGUGCCCCAACAUUUGGAGCAUAGAUAUAAACAUUAAUGAAUUCUUAGAGCAGCGAUGUAAACAUAUGAAAAUUUUGGGAGUAUUGACGUCAUUAAUUAAAUUUCGGAGUAUUUAUAUAAAAUUGUGUAAUUGUGGGAGUUAUGGUGUGAAUUUUUCCAAUUUUUUAUUUUGUAUUGAUUCCAAUCCAGAUGUAUGAAGUGUAUGAUGAAAUUUCAAGUCUUGGAUGUUGCACUUCUACUGUCAAUGUUGAUGUAAUUUGGUGUUUGGAUAUAAUUUAGGGUGAUUUAAUUUAAUGGUUG